GUGAUGCAUACUAUCUGGCCAUCGGAGGUGGUGUAGCAGAACACAACUGGAACCAUAUUAAACGGUACUUCAGGACCAAGGCUUCCGCUGCCAGCUGACAGACCACUCUGAGGACAUGGGGAUGAUCAGCAUCCAGGGACCCAAGAGUCGAGAGGUUCUUCAGGAAGUGUUGGACACAGACCUGAGCAACGAAGCUUUCCCAUUCUCUACCCACAAAGUUGUCAACGCAGCAGGGCAUCAGGUGCGAGCUAUGCGUCUGUCAUUUGUCGGAGAGCUCGGCUGGGAGCUGCACAUUCCCAAAGACUCUUGCCUUCCAGUCUACCAUGCUGUCAUGGCUGCUGGUGCAAAGCACGGCAUCACCAACUCCGGCUACAGGGCCAUCGACUCACUCAGCAUAGAGAAAGGGUACAGACAUUGGCACGCUGACCUUCGCCCAGAUGACACACCUCUGGAGGCGGGGCUAGCCUUCACCUGCAAACUGAAGAGUUCCAUCCCGUUCCAGGGCCGUGAUAGGCUGGAGAAACAGAAAGAGGAGGGGCUGAGGAGGCGCAUCAUCUGCUUCACCAUUGAUGAGAAAGUACCGAUGUUCGGUCUGGAGGCCAUUUUCCGUAACGGCGUUCCCGUUGGUCACCUGCGGCGUUCUGACUAUGGCUUCUUUAUCGACAAAACUAUUGGCUAUGGAUAUAUCCGCAGCCCUGAUGGGGGAGUGGUGAGUGCUGAUUUCAUACAGAGCGGCAAGUUUACCCUGGAGAGGAUGGGAGUGACGUACAAGGCCAAGGCCCACCUCAAAUCUCCGUUUGACCCUGAGAAUAAACGUGUCAAGGGCAUCUAUGCUUGAGAAGUACUGCAAAUGUAAAAAACCUGAGCAAUAACACUCUUGGUUGGAGAAUGAGGCUGAGAGAGGUGCAACAGUUUUUUUUUUUUACAUGCAGGUGCAGCUGUUUUAGUGUUUAAUAAAUGUCAAAUGUUGAUUGAAUGUUGUUUUUAUACCUGCUCUGGGUUUGAGCAACAGCGUUCAAUAUGAAGACAAAUUCAAGAGUGUGUUAUCUCCACUAAUCAAAUUUUUUUUUUUACCCGUACAACUGGGUCAACUGAAUGUAAAAAUUAAUUUUUGAUCAUGGAUUUAUCUUAAGGACUCAAAUAGCAGCACAUGAUCCAUUUUUAAUUUUAGAAAUAGGAACUAAACCGAACAAUCUUUGUGUCCAUCAACAUUCAUACAGGCUAAUUCAGAAUAGUGCCUUAAUCUGUAACUACUUAAUGUCACUGGACAUUUCAAGUGGCAAGGUUGCAUGUAUGAUUUUUUGGCCAUGGAGUACUGUAUCAGGGAAUGGAAGUAUUAUCAAACUACUAGCCCUUCAGGCAGUUUGACUCAGAUUACAGUGACUGAUGUUUGUACUGAUGAUGAUAAUGUCUAAAAACAGAGUUUUACUCGCUUGUAUGGUAUCUAAAUCUUAGGCAGACAUCCUGAGUGUUUAUCAGAGUUGCAGGGAAAGGGAGAAAAAACACCCUGAGGCACAGUGCACCAGCUGGGGACAUAACACUGCUGGAGAAAAAUGACAGAAAAAGACAAGAGUUAUCAGAAAGCAGCUGUUACAGCAAUGCUUUGUUUUCUGAUCUGUCCCCUGGUUGCUUUGCUCUGCGGUGAUAAACUUCUGUUGCUGCUAUCGGCAAACUCAGUUCUCUGUUUUUUUGUAAUAAAUACAUUAUGAUUUAAUAUGGCUAUCUAUCAAUUCAGGCAUCCUUAGGAGUUCUCAUUUUGUCUUGUUUUGCUGUUAAAUCAAACUCAACACAUUGUGCAUCUGCUUCACGUUCAAGCCCUCCCAGCAGUUCAUGGGGCAUACUCGCUUCUUGAGUACUUUUUCUGUGAAGCAUCAGCAGCAUAUUUAAAACCGUCUUAGUCCCUUUAAUUACUAAUUAGUACUUAAAAUUCAAAACAUGAAGUUAGUACAGUGAGAAUAACUGGACUUUAGUGUAGGACUUGUGUGAUUAAUAUGUAAAUGACCCUGAAUCAAGUGUGUGUGUGUGUGUGUGUGUGUGUGUGUGUAUAAAAACUUUUUUUGUCGACAAUUCAUGGUUGCUGGAAUGGAAAUGUCUUACUAUGCUUUCAGUUUUAACAGGGAAAACUGUGAUUAAAAAAACAAGAAGAGAAAUCACUAGUUAAGCACCUUAAUAACUGAUUCAUGUCUUUUAAUGCAGGUGCAGGUAUGUGGAUGUGAAAUGUAGUAACAAAGAUAAAACACCUAUUAUUCAUUAUAUUUUCCACACAAGCACAGUUUAGGCCAAACAAAAACCAAAGUUCAUCACAUGCGCUUUGUGAACAGCAGCCAAAAAAGUGUGUCAAAGCAGAAGAAGGCAUUUGUAUGUACAGCUACUAUUUACCCCUCAGUUUUGCUGCACGUUCAGCACAAAAUGUUUACUAAUGUGGAGUGAUUCAUUGAUUUGCCCAGGAGGCCAUUAAUCAUUGAAAUGGUUGUUCACAGUAGAAGCUUAGGUUAAUAGCAAGAUUUAUAUGGGAAAUGUGAAACGGACAGAUAAAACACUGUCACUACUGGUACCCUACCACAAUAUGUCCACAGGUAUUUUCUAAUUCAGUUUAUACAAUUCCUCUUCCUUCCGAUAUUGUGAUGUGAAUAUUGCAAAUGCCUCUAUGAUGAAAAGCAGGUAAAGUUAAUUCUUAAAUGCUAAAAGUGUAACAUUUUCAAUGCUGAGCUAUUAAAUACAGUUCUUAAAAUUGUUA